AUUUCCGCCUCCCGGUCCCGCCCCAGAGAGGAGAGGCGGAAGUAAAAAGGCUGUCUGUCGGCUAGUAUUCAUGCAGUCCGGUUUGAGGGACAGCUGUUUUCCAGCUCUUCUGGAGAAAUGCAACGCCCUCUCUUUUUAAGACAAGCUAGCAUUCCAAAAAGUUUGGGAUACCUGAUCAUUAUGGCACCAAGAAGCUUCUUUUGUAUGAGAAGUAACUUUCUCUUUGGUUCAAGAUGUUGGAUGACCCAAUUUUCAACAGAAGUCUUCCUUAAAUCAAUUUCAUUUAGGCUUUUUAGUGUGAAAUGUGGUAAUGCAGACAGUGAGUCUUCGGAGAAUGAAGAAUUACUGAAUAACUUACUUACAAUGGGAGUAGAUGUUGAUAAGGCGAAAAAACGACAGCCUGGAGUUUUUAAUAGGAUGGGAACUAAAGAGCAGGACCUGAAGAUGUUCCUUCUAUCCAAAGGAGCUAGUAAAGAAGUGGUUGCUAGCAUUAUAUCAAGAUAUCCACGAGCCAUAACACGCACACCUGAAAGUCUUUCAGAACGGUGGGAUCUGUGGAGAAGAAUUAUGACAUCAGACCUUGAGAUUAUAAAUAUUUUGGAACGUUCUCCCGAAGCUUUUUUUCGGUCCAGUAACAACCGAAACUUAGAGAAUAAUAUAAAAUUCCUCUACUCAGUUGGAUUGACUCAUAAAUGCCUUUGUCGGUUGUUGACCAAUGCCCCACGUACAUUCUCCAACAGUCUAGAUUUGAAUAAACAGAUGAUUAAAUUUUUGCAAGAAGUCUGUUUGUCUUUGAAUCACAAUAAGCCUAGAGAUUUUAUUGGGAAGAUAAUUUUUAAAAACCCUUUCAUCUUAAUUCAGAGUACCAAACGGGUAAAAACUAAUAUUGAGUUUUUACAGUCAACUUUUAAUUUGAACAAUGAGAAACUGCUUGUUUUGCUCUGUGGUCCGGGAGCUAAAAUUCUAGACCUUUCCAAUGACUAUGUCAACAGAAACUACACAAAUAUCAAAGAGAAGCUGUUUUCUCUUGGGUGUACUGAAGAAGAGGUACACAAGUUUAUCUUAAGUUAUCCAGAUGUGAUCUUCUUAGGAGAAAAAAAGUUCAAUGACAAAAUAGACUAUCUCAUAGAAGAAAAAUUUAGCAUAUCACAAAUAAUUGAAAAUCCUCGGAUUUUGGAUUCAAGCAUAAGUACUUUAAAAAGUCGAAUCAAGGAAUUGGUGAAUGCUGGCUAUAACUUCAGUACAUCAAACAUCACUCUUUUAUCUUGGAGUCAAAAAAGAUACAAAGCUAAAUUGAAAAAGUUAAACAUUGAAUGAAACGUUGUUCUGGGGAAUUACAAAAUGUCAGUCUUAUAAUGUAGUGAUACUUCAUGUUGAAUUGCCUUUCAGAAAGAGCUUUGGUUUGGUAACCAUAUAUAUAUACAUAAUGAUCCUUUGGAUAUUUUACUGUAAAGGUUUAUAAAACUCAUGGCCAGCUACCUGUCUCUAGUUUGAAUUAAUACAACAUCCAGUUAUAUGAUACAGGCUGUGAUUGUCCUAUGAAUGGUAGUUCCUGAGUGCCAGGGCGGAACAAUAUAUAGAAGGAAAGUACAAAAUAAGCUUUUUUGGUUUCUGUUCAGAUUUAAAAAAAAUCAACAGAUUCAGUUGGAUGGUUCCUUUGAGGGUUUUGAAUGGCAAAUGAUUUCUCCUAUCAUGCCCACAUAUUUAAUUGUGGUUUAUCUUCAAAAUAGAAUGCCAGUAAAAAUCUGACAAAAAAGGAGGGGUUUUCAUCUCAAAUUCUGCAUUCUCCAUUUAAACCAUUAGUAUGUUCCCCUUACCCUCCAACAUAGGCUCAAUUCACUGUGGGUAUAUCCUGAUUUUUUAUUUUUUAUUUUUAUUUUUUUUAUCCUGAUUUUUAAAAAGACAAUGGCAACUAUGAUGGGUAGAAAAAUGGCCACCUAAAGAUGUCAGUGUCUUGAUUCCCAGAAUCUGAAUAUGUUCUGUUACACUGGAAAAGGACUUUGCAGAUGCAAUUAAGUUAAGGACCCUAAGACAGGGAGAUUAUCCCAGAUUAUCUUGUGGGUCCAGUGUCAUCAUAUGGGUCCUUAAAAUGGAAGAGGGAUGCAAUAUAGGGACUUGACACUGUUUACUGGGUUUGAAGGAGGAAGGGAUCAUGAACCAAGGAAUGCAAAUGGACUUUAAGAAAAUGGAAAAGGCAAGGAAACACUCUCUCCUGUGGCCCCCAGAAAGGAACACAGCCCUGCUGGUACCUUGGAUUUAGCCCACUGAGACCUGUUGCCAAACUUCUGGCCUACAGAACCCGAAGAUAAUAAAUGUAUGUAGUUUUAAGCCACUGAAUAUGUGAAUUUGUUAAGAUAGCAAAUAAAUGAAUAUAACAACUAAAUAAUGAUUAGUCGCAUUAUGGGUGGAGGAGUCACAAUACAUGAUUUUUUUAGUGUAUCUGUGUUUCUUCCUCUUGUAAUUACCUGUUUUGUCCACAUACCUUUCUGGAAUGACUAGUAAGUUGUUGUUUGUAAAGACCUAAAUGUAUAAAAAACUAAAUGUAAUAAAAUCUAAAUAAAGGAAUAUUUUUACUUAAUAAUGUAGUUUAAAGAAAUGGUUAUAGUCUGUAUAUUUAUAUUUUAUGGUCAUUUUAAUAUAAAUAAAGAACAAUAAAUUUUUAGAUGUACUGACCUUAAAAUGACAAA